AUGGAUUCGAGAUGUUUUGAAGUUGUUACUUUCAUGCUCAUCAUAUCUGUACGUCCAGCUGUUGCUACUCCUUUACAUAUUUUGCUGAUAGUUGUGGAUGACUUAGGAUGGAGCGACGUAGGGUUUCACAACCCACAGAUCAACACUCCGAACCUAGAUCACCUUGCUUCUGAAGGAGUAAUACUGGAUAAUUAUUAUGUACAACCAUCUUGCACGCCAACCAGAGCCGCUCUUCUUACUGGAUUGUACCCCAUACACACAGGUAAACGAAUAAGGCGAGAUUUGUGUUUAGUAGUUUAAUUCCUUCCCGGGGGGUACUCCCUGUAAUGACCUAUACGGGGAGGCUCCAUCGGAAAGGGGUUCCUUUUUUAGGUUUCAGGUAUGUGAAAGGGUAGGGACUGUCAUUUCGGUCUACAGAAGAGACCAAAAGGGCUCAGAACAGGAGAAGAACUCAACAGGAGAAGUCGAGAAAACGUUCUCGUUUUGUGAUUUAUUCGUCAGUGCAUUUGCAGCAGUUAAAAGCGGUGCAAAGUGCUAUACUUGGUAUGUUAAAGGGGUACCAUUUUGUUUAUAGAAGGUACACGAAAGAGGUACCUUUUCCGUCAAAAGGGUAAGGAGUUGGUCCUUUCCGCAGAAUUGCCCACUUGCGAUAGAGACAGAUUCCACACACGCUGGUUCAAUAAUCGAGGACUGUAUACUUUCGUACAAAUCUGACUUUACUCUUGACAAUUCAACAUUACACGUUCCGUUCUACGAUCGAUUUCAGUCUAACUAAAUUUUACAAAAAUGCUGCGUAUAUUUGCUAAGGAAAUCCACACCCAGAAGCGUAAUUCCGGCGUGGUCACAAUAAUCAAAUGUGGUCCAAGUUCUUUGCUCACCUUUAACUUCGACUCGUGGGCACUAAUUUCAACUAAUUUCCUAUUAAGCGUGGGUUUACUUGACAAUUAUGGUGCUAAUCCUUACGUGCGGUUAAGCUGGUAAUACCCGAUUAAAAACAACAUUGAUUAAUUCUAAUUAUCUUAUCCCACGAUAUUUCCUGUUACAAUCUAAACAUCUCUUUUAGCGGUGGCGAGAUAAUGGCUUGCUUAGUUAAUCAACUACCGAAAAUUUAAUGAAAUAAGAAAAUACAAUGAUUCAUAAGCAUUCGAACGUUUCACAACAGUCCUUGGGUGGAGCCUUCCCUUACAAAGCUUUAUAAAGUGUACCCCCCCCCCCCCCCGCAACCCCGGCAUUAAUUUAGCUCGGAGCAGAUCAGUGAAAGCCAUUUUUAUUUCAACUAGACCCAUAACUUUGUGACCUCGGGCUUCCCUUCAGCGAAUUUUUUUUGGUACAAAAAAGUUCAAAUGAGUAAUUAAGCUACAAGAGAAAUACAGUUAUCAAAGGUCAUGUACAUCGAAAUAACUAGAGUCUAAAUGCAUCAUUAUCUGCAAACGAUGCUUGCCCCAUGACCUUAACAUAUUGCAUUGCAGUAUAAAAUAUGAUAAAAACGCGAGAUAAAAUCAGUAACAUCAAUAUAAAAGCAAAGAGAAAGAAUCUAGUCACACCAAAGCUGAUUAAUUAACUCAACUCGUUUUCUGUUUCUUCUUCUUCUGUAAAGCAACUAAAGCUUACUGAAAUAUGGAGGCAUUCGUAAUAUCCUAGCACUCUUGCGUUAAUCAGAAACUAAUUACUAAACACUCUCUUCAAAUUUCGUUGGUAGUUCACUACUUCGAGAGGGCCUCUCGAUAAGAUUCACUCGGAGGAGUUUGUUAGUAAGUUGGACUUGUGAAGUCGGUGAGUUGAACUGAACCGUAGCAAAUGCAUGUUAACUGAUCAUUGGUCUACGGUACGUUUUCAGGUCCAACACUCAUUAUUUUUUUUUUAACUCUAUGAGAUUCUGACUAAGAAACAACACAGUGCCGUCUGGUUUACGUCAUAUAAAAAGGUCCUGAAUUAGACUGUUUUUUUUUUUUCAAUUAUUGCUCCUGAUAUUAGGCAUGCAAAAGGGAGUCUUACAUCAAAAGCAGCCAUACGGACUGCCUCUUAGAUUUACUACCUUGUCACAGAAACUCAAAGAAGCAGGUAAGUCUAUAAUUACUCUGUAUUAUUAUAUAUGGGCAUGUCUCAAAAGGACUGGAAACAACCAAAUUCAAGAAUUUGAUUAGCUAAAAUCGAUCUUGACCGCGGUCUAGAUUUUCCCAUUUAAACCGGCAUCUAGACCGAUCUUGUUGUAACAGUUGUCCUCAAAAAGUUACAAACAAGAACAAGAGAGAAUGAGCAAAGAAUGUGAAAAAAUUGGCUUGUUCCUGUUAAUAAUACUAAAUGGAAGAAUCAUUGGACCUUCACAAGGAAGUAGGUAAAGACCACGAGCAAACGUUGGCAAAUUUGAGUCCUGCCGAGGAAGCUAUUACGAGCAAAGAUGAAAUGGUAAUUGAUUUUUUUGUUCCUUUGCUUUCUUGUUUGGCCAUAUAAUGAACAUGUUAUUAUUUAAACCGAGCUAGGUCGGUUUUUAGGGGAGAAUCUUGACCUCAGACGCUGGUACAGACUUCACUGCUCGACACUGCGUUCGGUCUGUAUUGGCGACCUCGGUCAAGAUUCUCCCAUACAGACCUCCCGCUCGCAUUAAUAAGAACUAUUAAGUAUAAACGUUCUCAGACAAAUAAAAAGAUCCGACCCUUAAGUUCAAGUCGAUAAGCUAUGGAAGUGGAAGCAUAGCCUCGAUUACAGCCGCUGAGCGGGAAAUGAGCCUGCUCUCCACCCCCCGGUACAGUACCCUACAAUAGCUAGCCAUCUCCCCUCCCCUUCCUUUUACAAUGUGUACGUUGUAAAGUCAAAAAGAUUCGACUGCAUCUUUUUCGCUUAAUUGAUCUUUGUUUAAUGUUUUCUUAUAGCUAGGACUAAGAUUCUGCUGUCUGGUAUAGAGCCCACUCGUUUCUGGAUGACGAAUUCUGAAAUAAUAUAAAAUUCAUUUAACACAUAGUAACCAACAAACGGCCGACAUUUCGCAACGUUACCACUGGAUUUCCCGCGAAAUGACAUCAGAGAAACGAGCGCAGAAAUUCCAUACUGAUGACGUGUCACUACCCAGAUCUGGCCGAUAGUGCUCCGAUUGGUCGUGCCUCCAGAGAAAUUUGCUUAAACCAAUUAGAAGCUGACUACCCAGGUAAGGGUAGUGACACGUCAUCAGUAUGGAAUUUUUGAGGCUCGUCUGUCAUCCCUCGACGUCAUUUCGCUAGGAAACCACUGGUGACGUCGCGAAGUUUCAGCUGUUUUCUGAUCUCAGGCUAACCAAUUGCUCCUGUAAAUUAUCUUUUCAUUCCAGGAUAUUCUACUCACAUUAUUGGCAAAUGGCAUCUUGGCUUCUUUCGUUGGCCUUACACCCCGUUAUACCGUGGUUUCGACUCCUUUUACGGUUUUUACGGUGGAGCUGAAGGUUACUACAGCCAUGAACAUGACGGAAUCCUUGAUUUGCAUGACAACAAGGAACCCGUACGAAAUAAGAGUGGAGUUUAUUCGGCAACGUUGUACGCUGAGGUAUUCACAGAUCUUCCAGAUUGUAAAAUAGUACUCAUCAGUAACGAAAUACAGUGGAAACCCAUUUAGUAACUUUUUUUCCAUAAAAAUUUGAUCGUAGUCAGCGGUUUAGUGUCGUAUCUUCCCGCAAGGCGAUGGCUGUGAGCCUCAACUUUUGUGAGGUUUAAAAAGAUUGUCUGAGUUCGCGUUCAGCCUGAACGCAAUGCAAGGGUGGUGUAAUCUCGGUUUGUCUUUACAGCUAUUUCAAAAAAAAGUACAGGCGUCAAUCACGAAAGGUACUGUUCUUCAAAGAAAUUUGAAAGAAUGGCACGGGAGGCCACGGACAUUUGUUUGCAUGUGCUAAAGGAAAGCAACAAUAGUAGGUUCGACAGCUACAGUGGUUAGGAACAGUGUAUUGAUCGUAUCCCAUAUUACCUUUCGGGAUUGUCGCGUGCACAUUUUUCCGACAUCCUUUCUUGAAGUAGCUGUAUACAUAAAUAUGACGAUAGUGUGCCCUACAGUUCCCUACUCAUAUAAAAAACACUUGAAAAACUCGUUCAGUUCUUUUAGCGGCGUUCUUGGUGGUCAAGAAAUGCUUUGCGAGGAAUCUCCAUGGCUGAAGUAUUUUACAUAGAAACUGGUCAGUAAUUUCUUUUCGCACGAAACCCUUAAGAGUUUUUAAGAACCCCGUCAUGUUAGCUUCAAAGUACGAGCGAAAAUCGACCUAAUAGAACAUUUCCAAAUCAGUUUAUGACUUGAGUUUCUUUUUCUAUUAAACAGCAAGCAAGGAGAGUGAUCCUAUCGCACAAUGCAUCCAAGCCCUUGUUUUUAUACCUUCCAUUUCAAAGUGUGCAUGGACCAUUAAGCGUUGAUCUAAAAUACGAACAGAAGUAUCGAGGAAUUCGCAACAAAAGGAGGCGAACUUAUGCUGGCAUGGUCGACAUUAUGGACGAAGCGAUAGGAAACGUCACAGAAGCUAUGAAAGAGGCUGGGUGAGUCGUCAACGGUAUAAGUUCGUUAAAAGAGACUUUUCACAUUCUAAGGCAAAGACGCCUACGAGGGCGAGGUGUUCUCUAUACCAAGUAGUGCGCGCGCGUGAACCAGAGUGGCGGGAAAACGUGACGACAAAAAAUGCCUAAACAUAGUCUUCAAUAACGAAACAAUUGACGCGGAGUGAAAAGACAGCCGACAAAUGACGUCUGAGAAACCAGCGAAAAAAUUCCAUGCUGAUGACGUGUUACUACCCAGAUCAGGGAAGUGCUUCAGUCUGAUUGGUUGAAGUACAUUUCUCACGCAACACGACCAAUCAGAAGCACUACCCAGGUCUGGGUAGUGCUUCUGAUUGGUUGAAGUAAAUAUCCCAAGAGGCACGAGCAAUUAGAAACACUAACCAGAUUUGCAUGGGUAGUAACGCGUCAUCAGCAUGACGUCAUCAGUAUGGAAUUUCUUCCGUCACUCCUUGGGCGCCACUUCGCGGGGUAACCAGUGAUGGUGUGCCUUACCUUUUUAAAAAGAUAGCAAAUAGCUUGACAUAGUCCCCUAAACAACAGUUCUUAUGAAAAGGUUUUACUUCUUUGCUUUCGUUUCAGUCUAUGGAAUGAAACCUUCACGAUUGUAACUACUGAUAAUGGAGGCAAUCCUGGUCAAGGUGGAUACAACUGGCCCCUCCGGGGACAGAAAGGCAGCCUCUGGGAGGGAGGGGUCAGGGGAGUUGGUCUAGUUCACGGAAGGAUGCUUCAAAAGACUGGGGUUAAGUGUAAGGAGCUCUUUCAUGUCACUGACUGGUAUCCGACUCUUGUUAAUCUUGCAGGUAAAUUAAAAAAUUUGUUAACUUCCAUUCAAGGACAUUGAGGGACGUAACUACCUGUGCUCCAAUUCGCAGAUAAAUAGAAAGCUAAAACAAAGAUAUAUAAACAAAGCCGAAGAACAGAAAGUGAAUAAAACUGUGCAAUUGCCACUUAAAUUUUUUUCCCGAGAAUUUUUUGUCGAAGAAAAUGGAACGUUUUCCCUGGAUUUGCCACUCGCGAAAGCCAUAUUAACUGCUGCCUGAAAAACAUGGUCGUAUAAGACCAAGAAAGAUAAUUACUUAAACAUAAUUACUUAAUUAAAAGGAAACACAAAUUUAGGGAGAGAAAAGGGCACUUUUCUGGUUGACGAGCGUCACUCAAAAACGAUUUUGCUUUUGCUCCAACAACAACAACAACAACGAGCUCAUAUUUGCAUGACGAUACAAGUACCGUAUUGCAAAAGCUACGUUAUUUUGGUAAUAAUUUGUCACGAACGUCAAAGCAACCUGAGAUAUAUCUUAUGAAUUGUAUCCUGAUAAAGUGAUUGGAGGAGUUCAUCAGUUCAUUGAUCAUAACGUUUACAUAGGUAACUGGGUAAUAUUUGGAAUCAGAGUCUUGAUUUUAUUGAAAAAAUCAUUCCUAAUCAUAGAGUAUGUAGGACAGCGAAAAAGAAAGUGAACUUGGCCUUCUAUUAGAUUGCUAAUCUAGUAAAAAACCAAGUUCAAAAAUGACAAUGCCUAUUAUCCUUCGUAGUUUGAUUGUAUCUACCCAAUCCUAUCAUUAGUUUGUGAUUGCUUUUUCGUAGUUUUACUAAAGCCCUUCACCCAACUGUUCCUCUUGUUAAGUGUAAGUAAUUAGAGGUGGUAUGAUCGGUUUUAAAAGAUCUAUAAAAUUCAAGUUUUUGAGAAUGUUGAAGGGUGUUUUGCCAGUUUGAGAUAUAUUCCUAUUAACUGAACUUACAUAGCUCCGUACUGUCCUAACCCAGGAUGGUAGCAAAAUUAAUUUUAAGAUCAGUUUUAGUAUACUUAUUUUGUUCUUCUUAAUGACUGUCAGAUCGAUCUCUUGACCGAAGACGUACUGACGCUGCUAUUCGGCAAUUGGAUGGCUUUAACAUUUGGCGCAGUUUAUCCGAAGGGGAUCCAUCGCCACGAAGGGAGAUUGUGCAUGACAUUAGUGACCAUAAGGCAGCAAUUCGUGUUGGAGACAUGAAGUUGAUAUUAAAUCAAACCGAUAGGAAGAGGUAUAUCCCACCAGAGUUGGUUGGAAGUAUUCCAGCUGAGCAAGGAAAAAAGGUUAUCAUGUACACUUAAAAUUUCUUUUAAGUUGACAGGAUAAAGGGGCUGCAUUGUGUCACAGUUGCUUAAUCCAUUGUUAAUUUAGCCAAUUACGUAUCCUUUAGCCUGGUUUUCACUAGCGCAUAGGCUUAAGCAUAAGGACAUACGCACGCGCAGAAUGGCAUAUUUGACUCAAUUCUCAAUACCAGCUCUCCUCAACCCGACGAUAAACAAGAUGGCGGACGAAGCGUCCGCCAUAUGGCUUUUGAUAUGUUCGUAUGAGGUCUGGGUCAAAGUGACCUAUGAUUGGUCCACGGCCUUCUGCUUAUGCCUGUGCUAGUCAAAGCUACGACAUAAGCUUAAGUAUUAAGCUCAAAAAGAACGGACUUAAUUACUCCGUUUUUCUUGUACUUAUGUUUAUGCUUAUGUCGACCUAGUUUUCACUUGCUUACACAUGUGCUUGUGCUUAUGCUUUUGCUUAUACGCUAGUUUAAACCAGGCUUUAGAGGCCAUUAAACUUAACAAAAAAAAUUACUGGCAAGCCACAACAUGACAGAUUCUAUAUCUUGUCCAACUAAUACAGUUCCCAAACAUUAUACCAAAUGUUAAACCAACCGAAAAAAAUGAACUUUUUAAGACUGCUAAGUUAACCCACCGCAAUUUCAAUCCUUUUUAAUCUUCUUCAAGCUUGUCCAUUCCUGGCUAAUUUUGUCUUUGCUGUGUUCUAAACCCUUUCUUUUAAUGUUUGAGCAAUUACUUUUUAUGUUUCACUCAAUUUGGUGGCAGUUUGUACUGUUACAAUUUAGUUUAAAAUUCGCAUCUCGUGUAACUCUUUUAGUCUAAUAUGUAACAUUUACUUUCGUUAGUCACAAAUUUGCAUAGCUGGCGCCGAUUCUGUGACGAGUUUCGGUUAUUGUAGAUAUGAGUUUUCUUUUAUUCCGGUGACAGAAAGAAGCACCAUGUUUUAUUUAUGUAAACCAUUUCUUGAAACUAAAACCCAUUUCAGUAUUCGAAUUCACCGUACCCUAUAUGUAAGGGAAUCCAAGCCGGCAAUAUUCUUAGGGUGCUUUCCAUUUGUCAGAACUGGCCGGCCGGACCAUUGCCGGACCAGUAAGUUUAAUAAUGAAUUAGGCUUUUUCCAAGAGUUUUUGCUGAAAAAUCAUGAUCUCCUUUGGUGCAUACUAUUCAGGAUUUGACUGAUCUGGCUGGAGAGUUUUGAUUAAAAGAGAAAUUGUCAUUGAGACGGGAAUGGUCCGGCCGGUCAGUUCUGAAAGGUGGAAAGCGCGAUUACAAGCCACAAUUCUGAAAAUGAGCCCGCACUCCCCCCACCCCCCACCGAACUGCGGAAGUCGAGCCUGCCAGAAUCUUGGAUUCGGGAUUCGGGAUUCGGGAUUCGAGAUACUGGAUUACGGAUUCCUUUGCAAUGGAACUUGGAUUCCGGAUUUCAAUCGUUAUACAGAUUCCAAAGCCCAGGAUUCCGGACUCCACAAGCAAAGUCCAGAUUUUCUUACAUAGGGCGACACUCAAGCACUUCCUUUCUUUCUUCUAUACCACCACUAAAAACACUAAAAACCAUUUAAGUAUUCAAGGAGUCACUUUUCUUGCAAUUUCUAUCUCCAGGGACACUGUUGCAAAAACGUUAUUGAUGUGGGCCUUUACAACAUUACCGCCGAUCCGUAUGAGAUGGUAAACCUUCGUAACCAGUUCCCGGAUAUUGUGGAGGCAUUGAUGACUAGGGUGGAGUACUAUAGACAGGGUGUUGUACCCCCCGAGAAAAAGCCUUCCGCGAGAAAAGCGAAGAAAACGGCUCGUAGGAAGGGAUACUGGGGGCCAUGGGAAGAUUGAGGAUUAACCGGUGUUUUUAGCGGAUUAAAGUGCUAGUGUUCACAGCCAGGGCGGAUUGAAUAAGGAUUAAAAAAACUAGCAUAUAGAUUUAGAUUGAGCUAAGAGCGAUCGUGUUAUGCAUUUAUAAUUUACUUCAGACGGUAAACUUGGAACCAUUGCAAAAAAAAGUCCACAAAUCUAUAAUUAACUGAAGGGAAGAACUAUGCGACUGUCAAGGACUACAACCCAAGUCAAAACACCUUGGUACACUUGGGG